CUUGUGAACCAGGUUACUACAAGAGCACAGAUUCCAGCCAGCCAUGUGAAGUGUGUCCAGAGAACACCAAGCGCUCAGGUCGUGGAGCACUGCUGUGCCCCUGCAUGGAGGGCUUCUUCCGGGCCCCUACGGACCCUGACUCUGCUCCUUGCUCUUCUCUGCCUAGCCCACCCCAAAACCUGGUAUACAUGCCCCUCCUGACUGCGGGGAGUUUGCAACUGAGCUGGCGCCCCCCGGCAGACACUGGCGGCAGAAGCGACAUCACAUACAGUGUGGCUUGCGAGCGCUGUGAGGGUGGUCUGUGUUCACUGUGUGGUGGGAGGGUGCGAUUUGAGCCUGCGCAGACGGCCUUGAAAGACCCCGAGGUCGUGGUUAGCGAGCUGGAGCCUCAUGUGAACUACACAUUUACAGUCGAGGCCCAAAGUGGCGUGUCCCAGUUCAGUCGAAAGAGAGCCACGGCAAGCAUUACAACAGCGCUUCACUUCACAGAUGGCCCGAGGGUGCUGUACUUGAGAGUUGAAGAUCGGACCACCAGCAGUCUGACUUUAUCCUGGGUUGUGGACCACCAUGUGCAGAAUAACAACUCCCCCCGCUAUGAGCUCAUGUACCGCAAGAAGGAGGAUCCUGGAGAGUUGGACGUCACCACAUACACCGUUCUGGUUCUGGAGAAGAACUCUGUGCAGAUUAAUGACCUCUUACCAGGAACAAAGUAUGUGUUCCGUGUUCACACCCUGACAGCAGAAGGCCAUCCCAGCAGCCACAGCGCCGAGCUUGAAUUUGAGACGUUGCCUCUCGCGGAAUCUCAGACGCAGAAUAGUUCCAUGGUUGUCAUGGGAGCCAUUGCUGGGGGCGGAGUCAUGUUGCUGAUUGUGGUGGUGAUUUUGCUCCUGCACAAAAGGAGGUUGAAUUCCCAUGUCCGACGGAGGGUAGAUGGAGAUUACUUUUCAUGUCCAGAAAAACUCCUGCCUUUGAAGACCUACGUUGAUCCCCAUACAUAUGAAGACCCCUGUUCGGCUGUCCACAAAUUUGCCAGUGAAAUUCACCCUAGUCAUAUCACCAAGCAGAAAGUCAUUGGUGCAGGAGAAUUUGGUGAGGUCUACCGUGGUUCUCUGAAGAUACCGGGGCGCUGUGAGGUCGCCGUAGCGAUAAAGACCCUGAAGCCAGGCUACACUGAGAAGCAGAGGCUGGACUUCCUUAGUGAAGCCAGUAUUAUGGGCCAGUUUUCCCAUAAGAACAUUAUCCGCCUGGAGGGUGUUGUCACCAAAUUCAAAGACGCCAUGAUUAUCACAGAGUACAUGGAGAAUGGAGCUCUGGACCAGUAUUUAAGGGACCAUGAUGGGGACUUUUCCUCAUACCAGCUUGUGGGAAUGCUCAAUGGCAUAGCGGCAGGAAUGAAGUACCUCUCAGACAUGAACUACGUUCAUCGGGACCUUGCAGCUCGCAAUGUUCUGGUCAACGGCAACUUGGAGUGUAAAGUCUCCGAUUUCGGCCUGUCGCGAGUGCUGGAGGACUAUCCUGAGGGAACCUACACGACUACUGGAGGAAAGAUUCCUAUUCGCUGGACGGCACCUGAGGCAAUAGCGUACAGGAAGUUCACUUCAGCCAGUGAUGUGUGGAGUUUCGGCAUAGUCAUAUGGGAAGUGAUGUCAUUUGGAGAAAGACCCUACUGGGACAUGAGCAACCAUGAGGUGAUGAAAUCCAUAAACGAAGGCUUCAGGUUGCCGGCACCGAUGGGCUGCCCAUCUGCGGUCAAUCAGCUCAUGCUGCAGUGCUGGAUGCAGGACCGCGCCAAACGGCCAUGCUUUGUUGAUAUCGUCAACUUGCUCGAGAAGCUGCUUCGCAACCCAGAGUCACUCUCAGCCAUUGCUAGUAUCGACCCCCGUGUCUCUAUUCGUCUACCCAGCACUAGUGGUAGUGAUGGCGCCCCCAUCAGGUCAGUGAAUGAAUGGCUGGAAUCCAUCAAGAUGGCCCAAUACAGAGAAACCUUUGCUCUUGCUGGAAUUAAAACUAUGGAACAGGUGUUGCGCUUAAAAAUGGAUGACAUAGGGAACAUUGGAGUACGACUGCCAGGUCAUCAGAAGAGAAUCGCCUACAGCAUUCUGGGCCUGCAAGACCCGACGGCGACCCUGGAUCUGUUUGCUGUGUAACAAUGCUCUUGAGCGAAGCAGCACUGUUCUGAAUCGACAAUUGAACUGGCCCAAACUGGACUUUAAAAAGCUGACUGAAUAAAGACCAGAAUGCCCUCCUCAAAUGAAAUGGACUCCCUUCGGGAAUAUAAACACUUUACGGUUUUCAUAUUUUGUUUCUCAUUUGUUAAAGCUUUUUAUAUAAUAUUUUUACAUGUCAGAUGGACCCUUAUGCUCUUUGUUUCAACUUAAGCCAUAUUAAGCACACAGUGGAUAUAUGGUCUGUUUUGACAUUUUUAAAUAUUGUAACUACUGCCUCAGGUCUGAUGAUUAGGGUGCUAUCAAGGGUACAACGAUAGUAACCUUAGUAACCUGUGGUGCCCAUAUAUCCACAUAUUAAUCAGAGUUGCCAAAUGUGAGGGGUUGAAGUCUGAUUUAAGGUUGUACAAUUACAAAUGUAAAAAGUUUAGUAGGAAAUGUUAUAUGUUGUUAAAUUGUUGACCGACAUCCUCCUGUUUUGAACGAUAGGAUGAGUGUUUACAUGUCUUAUUUCAGCUCUUUUUAUUUAAUAUUUAUUUUUGUAUUUAUUGUCUGUGUUUGUAAAGAAAAUGAUGUACUGUAUAGUAUUAAAAUAUU